AGAACUGAGCAAGCGCUAAAUUCAAAAAUUUCAAACAGCUGAGGGCGCGUGGCGUGACAGAGAGAGCGGAGAGACUUUACUCCCUCAGCAGACAAAUAAAGAAGAAAAACAAAGAGGUCUGAGCUUUGAUUUAAGUCUAUAUCAGGAUGGACCCAUUCACGGAGAAACUGUUAGAACGCACACGUGCUCGUAGAGAAAAUCUGCAGAGGAAGAUGGCGGAGAGACCAACGACAGCCAAAUUGCCAAUGGCUAAAAGGACAAGGGAGCCACUUACAGACACAAACAGUGUCAUAAGUGAGCUGACCAUUGAAAAAGCACUUCCCUCUUCCAAGCCAUCCCCCUCAAAGCGUCGCUGUUCAGAUGAAAAUGCUCUCCUUUCUGAAGAAAACAAACAAACAGUGGUUCCACAUGUGACCGCCUCUGAGCCCAUGACAGACAAGAAGCCACCCCUGGUGCCAAGCAGUGUUCGUCCCAGGCCCAUGGAGCAAACGUCUGCUCAUUGUACAUCAGAACCAGAGGUGCUGCCCACUCAACCACUUUCAGACACUGAGAAGUUGAUGCGCCCUCCUCAGUCUCCAGCAAAAUGCUCUGAUAAUCUAAUGAAGCAUGCCGCUCUAGAUGGAGCCAAAGAGACACUGAAAGAUGCACCAAUCCCAGGAAUCUCCAGUAUGAGAUCUCGACUACAGAGACUGGCUAAGCAAAGGCAGUACUGGGACUCUGAGGUGACCUCAGAAGCAAUCCCAGAGAGUGUAGUUGUAUCUUCUCUGAAGUCUCACAAAGUGGAUCUCCCUCCUGCUACUCCAACAAACUCUGAGCUCCCCGUUGGAAGAAAGGGUAGACUGGCAAACCUUGCUGCCACAAUUGGUUCCUGGGAAGAUGACCUUGGACACCCGCCGACUCGCCGGGACAAUGCACAAGCACAUCCUGGCUCGGUCUGUGUGCAUCCACCAGUCAGUACUGUGAAGAGCAACAGUUCCAAGCCAAGUCCUGCUGUGGAACGACCUCAGACUGCCCAACCAGCUCCACACAAGUCUGUUGACAGCGGUCAGCAGCCAACAGUUUAUUCUCCAGUCAAGUCAACCAGAGCGGUUCCACCUAGUCCUCAGAAGACCGAGUUUCCUCAGUCAAGACUGGCUCAAGCAAAUCCCUCUCCUGUUUCCAGCCCACUGAAGAUUUACUCCUCCACUCAGCCCUCCAGUCCACUUAAAUCUCUGAAUGCAUCUCCCUCCAGUUCCCACAGAGGUUACGUCUCUCAGAGCCCUCUGAAGAACCAGGGCCCAUCUAAGUUGAAUUCUGAAGCAGCACUCAAUUCUGGCCCUGCAAAACCAGUUUUGACACCUAAACCCUCUUCUACUGCUGAUGUGACUGUCACUCAUCAGAGUUGUGAGAGAUUUACCAAGGACACGACACUCUUACAGCAAAGAGACCUAGCUGGAACUACUGUAGGGGUUAAGUCAUUUUUGGAGCGUUUUGGAGAAAAGUGCCAGGAGCGCAACCAGAAUUCUCCCUCUACAUUAGGAGAUCAAGGCCACACACCUGUGGCUACUCCCUCUGCCACUCCCAAGUCCAGGCUGCUCCAGGAGAGGCUGGGGUGUGCCCAGGCCACCUCCACCACAGCUGUCCUUACUCAGAAGCAGAAAAUGGAGCGAGAGGCAGAACUGGCACAAAUUCGUAAUCGAUUUCAAAAAGGCAACAUGUUGAGGAGCAACAAUGAUCUUAGUAAGGUCAAGAAUGACCCUGAAAAUCGUCAGGAAAGUGAACCGUCAGUACUGAGUCAGACUUCUGUGCCAGUGCAUGAUAAUGAGCCUUCUGUGCUAGUGCCUGAAGUACUCAACAGCCCUUCUAAAUACAGUGAAAAAGAGAAGGAGUGUGCUCUUCCAAGCCCUGCAAAGGAAGUUGAAUUUAAAGAGAUUCCUAUUGUAAAAGAACAAGAGGAAGUGAAAGAAGCAGAUGAAGUGUGUGAGAUUGAGAGAUACGUGGAUGGUUCCGUUAACUCUGAGUUGAUAAAUGAGCUGUUUGAUGAAGUCCUGGAGGAGAGCGAUGAGAAAAGUGAUGAGGAGGAUGCAGAAGAAGAUGCUCUGAAUAUCUCCUCCAUGUCUCUCCUUGGUCCACUUGCAGAGACUGUAGCAGCUGUGGUCAAGAGCCCAGAAAGAAAGCCUAUGACAUCGACUCCUUCCAGUUCAUUUAUUGAGAAGAGUUUAACCCCUGAGAGUGUAUCCAGGCCCAGUAAGUUCCACAAGACACGCAUGUUACGAGCUGAAUCGUCUGACAGCAUCAGUGUCAUAGAUGAGCAGCAAAACCAGAACCUUCCCUACAGCAUUGAUGCCUACAGAUCAACAAGGGUUAAGACCGAGCCAGAGAGACCUCAUGUUAAACAGGUGAUCGUGAGGAAAGAGGAUGUGUCUCAGAGAAUGGAGACCAAUGGGAGCCCCAGUCACAUCAACAUCAAGCAAAAAAUUAAGAUGUUGACCAAUGAGAUGAACCUGCAGCAGACAGUGAUCCAUCAGGCUAGUCAGGCUCUCAACUGCUGCACAGAUGAAGAACAUGGGAAAGGAUCUCAAGUGGAGGCUGAGGCUGAAAGACUGCUGCUUAUUGCCACCGAAAGGAGGGCUGCCCUGAAGGCUGAGUUGGACCGGCUAAAAGCAGAGGGUCCAACAGCCCAGAAGAAAAGCACAAGCAGUGCUCAGGCGGAUAUGGGUUUACCUGCUUCUAAAGGGUCCAUCUCAAUGCUAGAGCUGCGACUCCCUCUGAAGGCUGACUUUAUCUGUUCUUCUGCCAACAAGCCUGAAUGUGGAAACCACUACUUCUUUGUGAUGAUCCGUGCUGGAGCUGAGAACACAGUGGCGACUCCUCUAGCAAGCACACGCACUGGUCUAAGUGGAGAUGCUUUGACCUUCUCCACCAAAUUCACUUUGUCUGAUGUCUCUAAUGACUUUGAGAUUGAUAUUGAGGUCUACGGUUUGGUUCAGAAACGGGAGCUGAACCCUGACAAGAGGAAAAAGCCCAGCAAGUCAAAGGCUAUAACACCAAAAAGGUUCCUUGCUAUCUCUAAGAGCAACCUCCAAACACCUGUUGUGGCUAGCCCUGGUGGUCCAAACGCAGUGCGCACCAGUAGUUUUGUACUUGUCGGAGCACACAAGCUAACUCUAGCCUCUAUUGGGAAAAACAAAUUCCCGCUGGAGAAGGUACCUUUCCUUUGUCCUUUGGAGGGGCAUAUAUACCUGAAAAUGAAGUGCGAAGUUGGAUCACGGAUAGAGGAACGAGGCUUCCUGACUAUGUUUGAAGAUGUCAGUGGAUUUGGAUCAUGGCACAGGAGGUGGUGUGUCCUUUCAGGAUACUGCAUCUCUUUUUGGACCUACCCUGAUGAUGAAAAACGAAAGAAUCCAAUUGGUCGCAUUAACCUUGCCAACUGUACGAGUCAUAAAGUGGAGCCGGCAAACAGAGAGUUCUGUGCCCGACCGAAUACCUUUGAGCUCAUCACAGUGAGACCACAGAGGGAGGAUGACAGAGAGACCCUGGUCAGCCAGUGCAAGGACACGCUGUGUGUUACAAAGAACUGGCUAAGUGCCGACACUAAGGAUGAGAGGAAUCUGUGGAUGCAGAAGCUGAACCAGAUCUUGGUAGACCUGCGCAUGUGGCAGCCGGAUUCAUGUUAUAAACCCAUGUAAGCCUGCUCUCAUCGGGCACCAAGGACCAAAAGUAUCCUUGUCUGACUUUCACACUGACUGUGUAUAUGUCAGAUUUGGAAGUGCAAUAUGGCAUCAUAGUUACACAGUGUUUACAGAUGUAUUUUACAAGAUUUUUAUAAAUUUGACAAAAGUAAAAAAAAAAAUCCAUAAAGCCAUAAAUUAAGAGACAUUUCAGUUACCCUUACAAGGGUUUUCAGGUAUGGUUUUGAUACUUUUGUCAGUGUAAUUUAGCAAGGAUUGUUAAAUUUUUUUUUUUAGACUAAUUUGACUAGUUUGUUUGCUUUGUUAUACUGUCAAUUAUUGUAUGUAUAUUUAAAUAUCUUUUGCAUGGCUGCUGUAUGCUGAGAUGCUUGCUGUAGUCAGAUUUCUAAGAAUAUUCAUCAAGCAAUACAUAAGGCAAUGUCCUGAAUCUUUAAAUGAAUGAAACAUUUAAUGUUAGUACUUUGUGGUAAAAAAAAAAAAAAUCUUCUUCAAAUUAAGUACUACCAGAACCCAUUAUAUGAUUUUAUAUUUGUAUAUUUGCUGUUAUAGGGAUGACUAAAAAUUUUUUCUCAUCUGUUCCAGGAAUUAGAAUUUUAUUUGAUUAAGUUUUUGGGGGGUUUGGUUAGAUUAGAGUUAUUAAAGUUGAGAUGUAUAUUUAUAUAAAAUUUUCUUUAAGUACACAGAGGGGAACUCACUUGGAUAAUGGAAGGAAAUGGGCUUUUUUUCCCCCUUUAGGCAUUUAUGAGCAAUGUUAGUCCUGUCCUUGGCUGAAAAACUGUUAACAAUUUAAGAGUUAGAUCUUUCCCCAUAACCAAAGCUCUUUUCAUCUCAGUUUCUGCAGUAACACUAAGUGAUAUGUGCCUUCAAAAGAAUACAAAUGUAAUUGAUAUUUGCCAUAGAAUCAAAUUUCCUGUUUUUAUUGAAAGAAAAAUGGUACAAGACAUGUUUUUUUUUACUUUGCUUGAUCCAGAUGACUUCACAAUAAUUGUGAGUUGAAAUAUGUAUCAUGCAUAUUUCCUAAGCUCUCUACAAUAUAUUUUUCUGUUUGCUUUGUAACUUUAAAUGAACAUUUUAUAACAUUUUAAAUGAUUCUUACUAAAUUUAAUUCAUUUACCUAUAUCCAAAUGUGUGUUUGAAUAAGUGACACUUACAAAGUUUACAUUUACACUAAAUGUCAUAUUGUCUUUGAAUUCGUAAGGUAUAAUUUCUUAACCUUUUCAUAUUCAAAAUUACCAAAAUUCAGCCCCAUCACUGUAGUAAUCUUAAGGCACUUUAGUGUUAUGGCUGUUUUGUGUUAUGGUAUCUUAAACACUCCAAAUAUGGCUUCCAUGUAUCAUGCAGAGCUGCAGUUUCAAUAAAACCAGCUUUUGAUAA